CCACACAAAACAUCAGAGCCUGAAGUCGGACAAAGCCUUAUCCAUAUUUGAUCUCCAAAACAUCUCUUUAUCCAUAUUCAAUCCCAUUCUGACCAUCAAAAUAUAAGCGCAAAACCUCGAUCCAUUCAAACGCUACCUUCGAUCAUGGCGUCCUUGUGUUCAUUUCCACGCAUUUCUUCUGCAGAUCCCAUCAAGCAUCCCGCCGCCGCCCCUUUUCCGCCGUCCAAUCACCCGAAAAGACCAUCAGCGUUGUCUCUCCGGCAGAGCAGCCGCAACCAGAAAAGAACUUCUACGAUUGUCGCCGCCAUCGGAGACGUCUCCGCUGACGGCACCACGUAUUUGAUCGCCGGCGCCGUCGCUGUGGCUCUCGUUGGUACCGCCUUCCCUAUCCUCUUCUCUCGCAAAGACCUGUGCCCGGUGUGCGACGGCGCAGGGUUUGUCCGGAAGUCGGGGGCGGCGCUGAGGGCGAAUGCGGCUCGUAAAGACCAAGCUCAGAUCGUUUGUUCUCGUUGCAAUGGCCUGGGCAAGCUCAAUCAAGUGGACAAAUAAAUUACUUUAUUUUAUUUUAUUUUUUAUUUUCCGCCCUUUCCUAAUGUGACUGUAAUAUAAUAUUAAAAUAUAUUAUAAGUCUAUGUACCUUGAGCUUAUUAAACAUUUAGACUUAUAAUAUAUUUUAAUACCAUACAUUCUACUAAAAUCUCAUGAUUUUAAUUCAGAAACCUUCCAAUUAUUAAUUUAA